GUCAUGCUGUGACGUACGCGCGUCCAUGCGCAUAUAGAGCAGGCGGUGGAGCUGGUUGGUGCGGCUUUCCGGGGAGAGGUUCCAGUGUCCGGUCAUCAGAGAGUAGGAAGCAGACAGGUCACAGAAGACCCAUAUGACCCAGAAUCACUGCAGAACGCCAAUCGGAAUGAUCAGCAGGCAUCCUGGUCCAGUUCCUGCCCGGUGAGCAACGGGGAUUGGAAUUCCCACGGGGCAUACAGUAAUUUACAAGAAACCAACUUCAGUGAAUAUGAAGCUGCCGAAUAAGAAACCAACUUCAACCUCGUCCUACCGGGAGUAGUCAGAGCCGCUUGGGGCCCUACAGGGAGCGGUUAAAACAUGGCAGGUAUUUGCCCGUAUAAUGGCGAUCACCAAGUCUGUGGGACGGAGCGGAGUACCCACCUUAUGGGCUGUCAGAGCAAAGUUGUGAUUGGAAAGGCGGCAGGUCUGAGCAGAUGGAAGACAAAAUGGAUGGAGCCGAAGAGGGAAGAGGAGGAGAAACUGAGGCAGCAGGAGCCGAAUGUCCAGCCGUUUGAUCCACUGGAUCCAGAUGGACUACUGCAAUGCCCAUAUGAUUCUAACCACCAGAUAAGAGCGUCUCGCUUUCCAUACCAUCUGCUUAAGUGCAGGAAGAAUCACGGUGAGCUCGCCAUAAAGCUGGUAACCUGUCCUUUUAAUGCCCGGCAUAUUUUACCUAGAGAAGAUCUUAGCUUCCACAUCUCCAGAUGUGAUGACAGAAGAUGCAUUGAGCCAGAUAUUGGUGAUGAAAAGCCCAUGUAUCAGGUGGGUUCGACCCUGAGUAGAUGUAACGCUCCUCCAUGUGAAGAGGACUGGGAUAAAGAGAUGGAGAGAGGUGACGCCUCCUGUGUGUCGGGCGCAGCUUCCUGCCACGGAGCCUUCCCUGUUCAUCUGAUGGAACCUAAUGAUAGUCUCGGUUUUCAUCUCCGUGCUCCUAAGUCUGUGCCCUAUGUCCUGCCAUGGAAAAUGAAUAACCAGGCUUAGUUCAGUAUCAGGUCUUUGGACCCAUAAGAAGAAUGGUUGCUGUUUCUCUCGAACUUUGUGUUUUAACAUUUGUUGUUUUAGAUCUGUUGUGGUUUUUGAGUUUACAUAGAAUUUACAUGAUUGCAUUGGAGCCGAGCGAGACACAGAAGAACCUACAGACAUACCAGUCUUGACUUGUCUGAUUUUUUUUUUUUCUGUAUCUCAAUGUAAAACUCAGUUGUAGACUCCUCACUCUGAUGUUUGUACAUCUUCUUUCCUGUUAAUAAAUUUUUUUUUUUUA